ACGACUGCAAGUAUAGUCGUGUGGAAGUGCCUCUUUUCGUCACCACAGGUAUGGAUCGCGUAACCAAGGGAAACGAUGACUCCAGUGACUUUACGUGUGUUCUAGCUUUCCGUCGCCGUUCACCAUCAUCAUCGCUAUUGCGGCACUGAUACGCACGCCAACACCAACUGAUACUUCACUGUGGAUAAGGUUACCGUCGAUUGAUCAUCCGAUUCAAAGUGUCAUUCAAGAACAAAGCGAUUGUUAGCGCUGUGUUUUGUUUGAGCCGAGUCUACUGGAAAUCGGGGACCGCCGGAAUCUGACCGCCUGGCACUUAGAAAACCGAGAGCAGAAAACACGUGCAUUUCACCAAGCCUUUGCGACCUGCAAUACGACCAUGGGAGUCGAAGCGGCACCAGGUAACAAGAGCAAAGGCUCUUCGAUUGUCAAAGGAUCCACCGAUCCCAAGAACCCACCGACUAACCCACCCGUUCGCCAGUUUGCCAAUCAGCUCCAGCAAGACAUCGAGGAUGUCACCGUCGAGUCGUUGGAGAGCACUCGUCGGAUGAUGCUGCUGUGCGAAGAGAGCCAAGAUGUUGGUGCCAAAACUCUUGAAAAUUUGCACGGACAAGGCGAACAACUGGACCGCAUUGAAGAGGGUAUGGACCAAAUUAAUGCGGAUAUGAAAGAAGCCGAGAGUAAUCUGGCAGGCAUGGAGAAGUGCUGCGGGCUGUGUGUCCUUCCCUGCAACAAAUCGUCGCAAUUCAAGGAAGAUGAGGGAACGUGGAAAGGCAACGACGAUGGUAAAAUAGUCAACAAUCAGCCAACUAGGGUCAUGGAUGACCGCAACGGAAUUGGUCCAGCAGGCGGUUACAUUGCCAAGAUCAGCAAAGACGCCCGAGAAGGUGAAAUGGAAGAAAAUAUGACCCAAGUCAGCACCAUGAUUGGAAAUUUGCGCAACAUGGCCAUCGAUAUGGGCUCCGAAAUCGAAAACCAAAACAGACAAUUGGAUCGUAUUAACGCCAAGGGAACUUCGAACGUCGUUCGUGUCACGGAAGCGAGCCAGCAUGCUGGCAAGUUGCUGAAAUAAGCUCCCGAUUGACGAAACGAACAUGUGCAGGCGAAUCCAAUGAGAACAGGAUAGGUGUCGCCAAUCAACGUGCUGGACAAUUACUCAAGAAGGCCUAAGGAAAUUCAUUAAUGGACGGAAAUUAACUCUACAAAAGGGAAGAAAAACAAACAGAAAGCUGUCUUUGUCUACCGGUGCGGAAAAAAAAAAGAAAAAUAGGUGGAUAAAAAAAGAAAUAAAAGGAUUCUGACUUUGUUUAUGUUUCUGAUAUCACAGUAUUUGUUUUAUUUGAACAUGUCGCUUUCGGCGGCAUCUUACGAUAAGUGCUUGACAACUUCUUACUUACGACCGUAUCUAGUUGUAUUUCUCCUUGUAUCGAUUCCGUUUCCAAAUUUGUGCAAUAACGCUUCCGACCACGAAUUUUCUAAAAUCAAACAUCACAAUUAAUUUUUUUUUCCUUUUUUUCUUCCUUUUCUUUCCCUUCCCGAUAGCACUCUUGGCUUGUGAACCCCUUCGUUGUUUGGUUUCAUUUUUCAGUUUCUCCAUGUGCUGUCUGCCGUUUAAGUUAUCCCAAUUUUUACAUGUACAGUUCAUGUUCCUGUGGCUUUUGUAUUUGCUCGUGGCUGGACAACAGAUGCUUCGUUUUCUUUUUUUCUUUCUUUUCAAUGUUUUUCCCUCUUUUUUUUUUUUUUUUUUUUUUUUUUUUUUUUGGAACUGCAAGGCGUUAGAUUUCCCGUGACUCGAUACCGUCUGAAGUCCCUUUGACCUGAUACAUUUUCGUUGGUUCCUUGUUCACAAGUUCGUCCAUCUCCAAACUUUCGUUUUUUGAUUGAUGAGCGCGCCAGUUAGAUUUUUUUUUUCACCCCUUUUUUCUUUUUCUUUUGUUUAUACCGAAACUGCAUUUACUUUACGCUAGCCUUAGACCUCCUCUCCGGUUGUGGACGCACAAUCCUGCUAAUUAGGAAAAAAAAAAGAAAAGGAAAGAAAAUGUUCCAUAGCAAUUGGAAACCUUCCUUGUCCAUGAUUGGCAGAAAGAGAAAAAGUCGGUUAGUCGGAUACCUUUGCCAAAGAAAAGUCAUUGCUAGGUUGGGAGGAGGAAAAAAAAUGGGUUUGCAAAGAGGAGGGAAGAAGCGGCACUUUGACAAGUUUCAGUUUUAUCUCCUUUGUUUGUUGUGAUAAUCGAAAACAAAAAUUCAGUAAUAAGUUACGUGAAGGACUUUCUUUUGGGUCAUCUGCAUGACGUUCGUUACAUCGAAAUACGGAGAAUCAUUAUGUGCUACGUGAACCGACUCAACUGAAGAUGCAAAAGAAAAAGCGAAAAACAAAACAAACAAAAAAAACCAAACAAUAACAGAACAAGAACGACUGGGACAUUUUAGCUAGUUGGGCGUGGUUUUGCUAUCGCUGAGAAUUCUGGUCGGCUGUUUCAUCUUUUUCAUAAGCAUAGUCUCUUUUCUUAUAGUCCAUUUUUUAAACUAUGUGUCUCUCAUUAAUCCGUUUACUUGUGUCUAGAUGUUGAUAUUAGUUUAUCUAGCUUUAGCCAUUCCUGAUACAACUCCAUUAUUAUUGCUCUCUAUUCUUAACCUCCCUGGCCCAAACGCAACCAGCAACCGUUUAUACACACUUCAAUAUCGUCUUGUUGGUUUUCUGUUUUCUUACGAAAUAUUACUCCAAGGUAAAAGUGGCGGUAGUGGUACUCCUCUCCACGCUGUUUGUACUUGCUGGUUAUAAUACUAUAAUACACAUUUAGACCUUA